UGUUGCGGUUUUCAAUCUUUCUGUUUCCUCUGGCGUUGUCGUUUAGAUGUUAGUGUUGCCGUUAGAAUGUCUCUCGAUGUUGUGAGGAUAGGAUUUAGGUGGUUCUAUAUACUGCUGACGAUUGAGUGUUCUCUUUCGGAAUCAACGUUGCAGUCACACCCCUUCUUGUACUUCAGCCAAUCGGAUAUCGAGAGUUUGCGAGCAAAGUCAACCACAACACAUACAAAUAUUUUCUCCAAAAUUGAGGAGUUGGCAAGUAGACUGAAGAGCAAUAGCAUGUCGAUAUUACCACCAGAGAGUCACAUGAAAUUCAUUUCAAGGUGGAAUGAGGAGUAUGGAAAUAGACUAGCUCCACUUGCCUUCUAUUGUCUUCUUCGACCGCAUGAUGAAGAAGUAAAGAAGUUGACGAUUUUGUUUAUGGAUCGAAUGGCUGGUUACCCUGACUGGCAGGUUCAGUCCAGCCCCUUGGAUGAGGUGCCAGUGUCUCAUUCAUUAGUUGGAUUUGCAACAGCAUAUGACUUUAUGUACCCUGUGCUUGAUGAGAAAAGGCGUAACUUGUAUUUCAAUAAAAUUAAACAAGUGACGGAGAUGACACUUUAUAUGCGAGCCGUGAAGGCAUGGUGGGGCAGGACAUAUGUACAGAAUCAUGUUGCAACUAAUGUAGUUGCUCUACUGACUGGUUCAAUUGUUGUGUAUCCACGCGAUAGAGUGAAGGCGAUAAAAUGGAUUGGUUUUGCUGUUCGUCAACUUAAUCGGACUUUAGAGCUCCUAGACCUUGUUGUUGACGGCUCAAUGGAUGAAGGAACGGGAUAUGGGUCUUACACGACACGUUCAUUGACUCAAUUUGUUUUUCUUGUCAAACGACACUUACAGAUGGACACUGCUGGUACAUUUUGGUUUCAUCAGCAUUUGCAAUUCAUGAUUAGCACUGCACUUCCGGGUUUUGCCAAGAUAAUUGGAAUUGGAGACUCUGGUUCUGCAUGGUUUUAUGGACCAGAGAGUCAGCUAGUCUUCCUUGAUAGUUAUAUAUUGAAGAAUGGAAAUGGAAAUUGGUUAGCAUCAAGGAUUCGAGAUGCAAAGAAGACAGUAAAGCAGCAACAGCAUUCUGAGUUUUGUACUCUUUUUACUGAAUAUCUAUGGUAUGAUCCAUCUAUUAAGGAAAUGUCUCCGUUGGAAGAGAGAACGUAUUCUCCUUUGAUGCGAUUCAGUGAUGCGGGAUUGGUGACAUACAAUGGUGGAACGAAGAAGGGAACAACUUUUUUUUCAUUCAAGUCUGGUGCUGUCCAUGGUCGAGCUGUAUAUGUUGCAGUAGAGAACAAAACAUUUCCAUGGCUGCAGGGCUGGAAGCAGUCUUUGAAUCCAGGACAUGAACACCCAGAUCAAAAUUCAUUUGUGUUUUACCCAAGGGGAAAACCAUUUAUAACAGAGGCUUUGUAUGGACCAAAAUACACAUUUCUCAACAAUGCGUUGACAUUUGGUCCAUCAAAGUUGUCAAAAUGCUUCAAGCCUUAUGAGGGCCAACUCGGAGAGUGUGGAAAGUGGCUUGAUUGGAAGUCUCCAGGUAUUGAACACGCAUGGGGAGAAGUGAUUGAAGCGAUACAUCAAGAUGGAAUGGUGUUCACUAGUGGUGAGGCUAGUGGUGCAUAUAGCAGUAGACUUCGUCUGAGGCACGUAUAUCGUGGUGUCUUGCUAUUGUCAGAUGAUGUGUUACUUGUUGUUGAUCACAUCAAGUUGCAUGAAAACAGUGAAGUACAAUAUUCGAAUGCUUUCUUCCAUAACUUACAUGCACCAAUUAACAUAUGGCCAUCUGGUGACAGGGCUAGUCUUACGCAAGAUGAAGAGGUCUAUACUAUACAAUGGACACGUCCACCUGGAAGUGAGGAACUUUCAGCAUCUGCUGGUCAGUACGAUCAACCUCGUGGCAGUUCGUUUAUUCGAACUCACUUUGUUAACAUAUCUGUGCCUCUCGGAGGUCUCACAUCUCAAGUUGUCUACUUGUUUUCUGGUCCGAGAAGUCAUGUUGAGAAUCUACAUAUCAUUGAAUCAACCUCUGUUGGCAUUCGAGUUCAAGUUCAAACCAAAGAGGAGACAUAUUUAGCAUCAGUAGUGACCAACUACACAGACCCAAGGGAUCGCUUGAAUUUCAUUGAUUCUCUUGGAUAUGCUCAAGUUCGGCUAUCAAAUGGAAACGCAGUAAAAUUUGUACAUGAGAACAUGGAUGAUUCAAAUGAUUACUUUGAAGGUAUGACCAUGGUGGUACAACCAGUUCAGCAACGUGCACAGCAAUACUGUCUGUGGAUGGUGACUGCAGUGUUGGGCAUAGGGAUGUUUGUUGUGCUAUUGUGUAUUGCUUUGCGCUUGUCUACUCACAAGAAAUGGUUGGUCUUACUCUGUAUUGCAGCACUAAUGACUAUGGCAUUUCCUUAUUACUGUUACUACAGUGGACAGACUACAAGAGACAUUACUGCUGCACACAGUAGUAGAGAAAUGACUCCACGUAGUACGACUCGUAGUAGUAGUAUACCAUCUGUAUUUAUCACUUCAUUGAGAGGAUCUGGAAGUUACCUGUUGAAGGCAAUGUUUGACAACCACACAGAUUUCUUCUAUCUGAAUUUUCCAAAACAAGCCAUGCUUAAUCCAAAAGCUGCAUAUAUGACAAAUGAGUUUGCAGAUGCAUGCGAAUGGAUUCCCGGCUACCAUGCACAGCCUAAGUUGGUCCAGUGGUUUAAAACAUGUUUCUCACAUCCACAGGAGCUGCUGAAACACAAAGACGAGACUACAGAAAGUGUGCAUCUUCUGAAACGUCGCCAGUUGUAUCCAAACUCUAUUGUUGUGUUGCAGUCUGAGUAUCAAAACUGGAAUUUGAAGCUCCCCUGGCUGGUAAAUGCAGUUGGGCAGGCUCUGAAAGUUAUUUAUUUAGUUCGUGAUCCACGUGGUUGGAUAGCAGACCAUCUCAAGUACCACCAGUCUCUCAGUCAGUGGAAACUUGAAGAACAAUUGAAAACGAUGUUUGCUGGUCUAGACUCAGUGUGCAAACCGAAAAAGGGCUAUCCAUCCGAGUACAACCAACUUCGUGCACAAUUUGUUAGCAAAAACACGAUGUAUACAGAACAACACAAGAUACUUGCAUUAGUUUGGCAAGCCAACACUUUAGCUGCAUUACGGAUAAACAGGAGUGUUCCAAAGAGGAAUUACCUGUUAGUUCAGUAUGAGGACCUCGUAAAUAGACCUCUUCAAACAGCUCGGACAAUCUUUUCCCACUUGGGAGUACCAUUCCCAAUGGCAGUUGAACACAAGCUUCUACAAGUGACAAAGACCAGUCUCUACCGUCAGCAGAGCACUGAUAGUUGGAAACAACAGUUGUCUAAUCGUCAAAUCAAAGAUAUUGAAAACAUCUGUGCAGACGUGAUGACAAAACUAAAUUAUAAGUAUACUGCUACAAAGUAA